UUGUUGGCCUCUGUAACCGCCACCGUCAGCGCUUCACUGCCACUCGAACGGUCUAAAUGAGGCGGAGAGUUUGAUUUAUCCAUAGAAAGAGUGAUAUCCAUAUGUCUCACUGUACUGCACACUCUCACUACCGCUCUUCUUCGAUUGUGAAGCGAAUUGCAGUGUUUUGUUCGAAAAUUAAAAAUCAGCAAGGUGAUGAGAAGUAUUUCAAACGAUACUACGCGUCGGGGGAAAAGAAGCGCUGCCGAUCUUGGGAAUUUCAAAUAACAUGCAAUCUCAACCACUUUGAUAGUCACCAAACGACGAUAGGAUUUGGUUUUGUUGCAAAGAGCCAAGGAGUGUUAGAAGUUGCGAAACGCUCUAUAGCAAUGGUUUCAAAAAGUCCCCAAAUGCUUCAGAUCACACUGUAAUGAAUCCUACACUUGCAGAAGUAAAAGCUUUCCUCAUUAACGAAGAGAACUUACACCUGUUUGAUGACCUCACUAAAGUCAACCCAGUGACAACUGCCACAGUUUUAAAAUGUCUACAAGCAAGAUAUGUGGCCAGUGUGUUUUAUACCAAUGCUGGGUGUACACUGGUGGCUCUUAACCCAUUCCAGCCUGUUUCUAAUUUGUAUUGCCCCGACAUUAUGAAGGUAUACCACUCUGCAUCUCGACCACAGGAAUUGAAACCGCACAUCUUUACUGUGGCUGAGGAAGCAUUCAGGAAUGUACAAAGCCAUAUUGAACCAGUUAACCAGUCACUUAUAGUCAGUGGGGAGAGUGGUGCUGGAAAGACAUGGACAUCCCGUUGCCUUAUGAACUACUUUGCUACAGUUGCUACCUCACCCACGUCUGUUAAUUGCCGGAAAAAUGUGGAAAAGAUAGAGAAGAGAGUGUUAGAUUCCAAUCCUGUGAUGGAGGCAUUUGGAAAUGCUUGUACACUGCGGAAUCACAAUAGCAGUCGAUUUGGAAAGUACAUUCAACUGCAAUUAAACAGAUCACAGCAGCUGGAGGGAGCAUCUGUGCAGACUUACCUUUUGGAGAAAACACGGGUUGCCUAUCAAGCCCCUUUAGAAAGAAAUUUUCACAUUUUUUAUCAGGUAAUGAAAGGAGCCACUGAGGAGCAGAGGCUGGAAUGGGGUUUUUCUGAAGAGGAAGAAUUCUUCUGGUUGCCAAAUGCUGACAAAAUAUUAGAAGAGGACCAAUUUGAAGAAACCAAAGAUGCAAUGUUACACCUGGGUAUUGAUAGUUGCAUACAAAACCAGGUAUUCAGGAUUCUAGCUGGUCUUCUACAUCUUGGAAAUGUGCGAUUUAGCUCUCCUACAGAUGAAUCUCAUCCUUGUGAUCUGAAAGAAAAGGCGAAAUACUUUCUUAAAAGAACUGCAUAUCUACUUAAAGUUUCUGAGGACAGUCUUCUGGAAGAGCUUAGAGUCCGGACGAUUACAGCCGGCAGGCAGCAACAAGUGUUUAAAAAGCCAUGCUCCAAAAUAGAGUGCGGCAUGAGAAGGGACUGUGUGGCUAAAGUAAUUUAUGCAAAAUUGUUUGACUGGCUGGUAAAAAUUAUAAAUUGCUCCAUAUGCUCAGAUUCUUCCAGGUGGACAAAUUUUAUAGGUCUAUUGGAUGUAUAUGGAUUUGAAUCAUUUCCACAAAAUAACCUGGAACAGCUUUGUAUUAACUAUGCAAACGAAAAGCUCCAGCAGCAUUUUGUGGCACAUUAUCUCAAAGCUCAGCAGGAGGAAUACAGUGCAGAGGAUCUAGAGUGGUCUUUUGUUAGUUACCAAGAUAACCAGAGCUGUUUAGAGCUGAUUGAAGGAAAUCCCACCAGCAUCUUUUCCCUUUUAAAUGAGGAAAGCCGCCUAAACCGACUUUCUGAUGCAAACCAAUUCAGAACUCGCCUUCAGGCAGCUUUGGCGAGUAACCAUUGUCUGAGCUGGAAUGUGUUUAGCAAGGUUCCCAAUUUUGUAGUGGCUCAUUACGCAGGCAAGGUUAAUUACCAGAUUGAGGGAAUGAUGGAAAAGAACAAGGAUCCUGUUCCACCAGAGCUGAUGCAGUUAUUGGAGAAAUCUGAGGAUACCUUAUUGAAGGAGCUAUUUCCUGUUGGAGAGAAAGAACACAAUGAUAGUAAAGCUCAAAACAAAGCAGUUACUGUGGUCUCCAAAUUUAAGAGUUCAUUGGAAAACCUGAUGUCUUUAUUAAACAGCACCACACCUCAUUACAUCAGAUGCAUCAAGCCUAAUAUGGACUGCAAACCCCUCCUUUUCAAAUCAGAGGAGAUUCUCAGCCAGCUAGAAGCUUGCGGUAUUGUUGAAACAAUCCACCUCAGUGCAGCUGGAUUCCCUAUUAGGGUCCCAUUCCAGCAUUUUGUGGAGCGCUAUGGACUUCUGAAAACAGAUUGGAAACUUAAUUUGAAAACUGCAGCUAGAUUUAAUGGAUGCUGUCCUGCAAAAAAGAGGAAAGGUUCUUCUUCAGAUGGCAGCACUGAAGCUUUGAGCUUCACUGUACAAGACAUUCUCACUAAUGUAUUAGGUGGCCAAAGUAUCACCUCAUCCUUUAAGCCAACUGAGAACCGAUCACGUAGCUCAUUAGUACAUUGUGGCAAAACAAAAGUGUUCAUGACUCACAGUAUGCUCGAGAUGCUCGAAAGUGCCAGAAGUCAAACUCUUUCCAAGAAAGUACUUUGCAUUCAAUAUAACUGGCGAAGAUAUUGUCAAAGAAAAUUAGCACGAUCAAGGCGAGCAGCGACCAUCAUUCAAGCAGCAAUCAGAUCAUGGUUGACCAGACGUUGGAUUAAAAAACUUCAUCAGGCUGCAGUGGUGCUGCAACGAGCAUGGAAAACCUGGAAAAUUAAAAUGGAUUUCUUGGCAGCAAAGGAAUUAGAUGAUACAACAGAUUUUAAAGAAAUGGCAUUGGUUCGGGAAUCUCCCGUUUGCUCACCUUUAUAUCGGAGUGUGUAUGAAUCACCAAACAAGCUUUCCCAAGCUACUCAAUUCAGAGAUCUAAAGUUACAUGCCUGGCCACUGGGUCUGAUGCUUUCAUCUGUUUGCAUUACUGGAAUGACUCCAUCCAUAUCUGAAACACUUAAGGCCUUUACUCGAUUGGCUGCCUUUAAGGUGAAAUGGAGAAGCAACUAUAAGGUGGAACAUCAUCAGUCUGAUCAAGGUAUUGCUUCUAUUAGAGCAUUACCCGAGGUGCAAGUAAAGUUUCAUUGCAGACGUUCACCAUUGCUUUUUGCUGAUAUUUAUCCUGAACACACACACUGCACGAUCAUAGGCCUUAACCAGAUUUUAUUGGAAAAAAAGGAAGAUUAAUCAUUUUAUUUAUAUGCCAUGUUCCUGUAAUCCUUUCUAAUAGAAAUUUGUAAAACAGACAUCUUAUGAGAUCAUCUUGAAUUGAAUUAUUUAUUGUCACUUUAAUUUUACAGCGAAAAGCUUCAAUUUCAAUCUCUCACACUGAUGGAAGCCACAGCUAGAAAUGAGGAUCAAACUUUUUUUAGAUUAGUCCCUGAUCUACAUUAUUGAGGGACUGAAUUAGGUUUGGGAAAGGUGCAUACAAGAUAGAUUUGGUAUUUGUACCAUCACCAAAAGUGAUCAGUUUUAAUUUUGCACCUAUUGAAUUGAAUUCACAUAACUUAGAAGUUUUAUUGAACUUUUAUUGUUCAGCAAAAUGACAUUUUAAUGAAAGCAGUGCAUUACAGCAAUUGGCCAGGGAAUCUCAACCUGAGAUAGAGAUUAGUAAUGUUCUGCCUGUUACACUACACUAAAUUUUCUAUUAAGCCUGAGCUUAUUCUGCCUUUCUGAUUGAAAAAAUUCAUUGCUAUUUCAAUAAUCCAUGUUAUAAUUAAGUGCCUUAUCUCAGGACAGUUGAUUUCAACAAAAUCUUGCAUUGCAUAUGCAUUUAUAGGAGCACUACAGUUUUUUUUUUAUUUAGAAAUGUCUUAAAAUUGGAGGAAUGUAAAACCUUUCAGUUUUCUACAUGUGACACACGUUUUAAACCUGACUCCUGUCUUAGAAAACUUUGAUAGUUUUGACUGACUUAUUUGGUUUUCUGCCUUUACUAAUUACCACAACCAUGCUUUUGUUUAUAUUUACAAUUUAUGAUUAGAGCGACGAUAGUCUUUGGAACCAAACCAAGAAAAACUAUUUUACUGACUUCUUAAUAUCAGAUGCUGACUGUGUUAUUACACUGAAAAUUUCAAAUAACUCUUGCACAGCACUGAGACACUUGGGUUUUGUGUAGAACCGGCUGUUUUGUCUUGUUAAAUCCCUAAAGACAUGUCAGAUAUAAAGUCGUAACAUGCUAUAUUAUGUUUAGAUUACUAUCUUUCCAAUUUGCUAGAUGAUGAAUAUUUUUGGCUGUAGCUUCUCCACAUUUGGCCAUUGAUAUUACAUAGAACAUUACAGCACAGUACAGGCCCUUCGAUGUUGUGCCGACCUGUCAUACCGAUCUCAGGCCCGUCUAACCUACACUAUUCCAUGUACGUCCAUAUGCUUGUCCAAUGACGACUUAAAUGUACCUAAAGUUGGCGAAUCUACUACCGUUGCAGGCAAAGCGUUCCAUUCCCUUACUACUCCGAGUAAAGAAACUACCUCUCACAUCUGUCCUAUAUCUUUCACCCCUCAAUUUAAAGCUAUGCCCCCUUGUGCUCGCCGUCACCAUCCUAGGAAAAAGGCUCUCCCUAUCCACCCCUCUGAUUAUUUUAUAUGUUUCAAUUAAGUCACCUCUCAACCUUCUUCUCUCUAAUGAAAACAGCCUCAAGUCCCUCAGCCUUUCCUCGUAAGACCUUCCCUCCAUACCAGGCAACAUCCUAGUAAAUCUCCUCUGCACCCUUGCCAAACUUCCACAUGCUCUGCCUCAGCCAGCAGCAGACCCUGUUUAAGCAGGGAAUGGGGUAUUGAAUGUAGGUUUAUAUGAAGAGGGGGAGAAAAGAACUUUCAUUAGCAGCUAAUGGUGUUCAGUUUAAGGAAAUAUAGUGAAAUGCCAAGAAAACAUGGAGGUCAAGCUCUUAGGUUCUCUCACAAAGUAACCAUGCUUUUAAAAAGGUGCUUACCUUUGUUUCUUUCUGCUACUUGUUGCCAUUUCCUGAUGGUCAUGCCUAAAACCCCUCACAAAGAACUGAACAACUAUUUGGAAUCAAGUUUGUCACUUUAGACAUUCUAACAGUGUGUGGCUGACCUUAGUUGAAGAGUAUUGCACUCUCCAGUCUGCUGCUUUAUUCUCUAUUACCGAGAUGCUAGACUACAUUUUCCUUGUUGAAACUACGUCUUAGGACUAAUUGAUUUGUGAUCAUAAUUCAUCACAGCUUUUCUUUUGUAUUUUUUCUUUUGUAAGGCAGGAGUUCACAACACUAUAUUCAGCUGUCAUUCACGGAAGUAACAAAUUGUGUUAUGGGCUUUGAAUGUAAGCUGAGGGGUGCAAGUUUUAACUGGACAAUAAAAUUGCACUAAGUAGUCACCUUUGGGUUGAUAGAUGAAAAUGUUUAGAUUUAAAAAUACUUUGACAGACUAGUAUAUUUGUUUAAAAAAAAAUGUUGAACUGUCCUUUCCUGAUGACAAGAACUGCUGCACUCCAGUUCUUAGCAAUAGUGACAAUUUUUAUUUCUUGAGCAGGGCAGUCUCAAGCAGGAGUUUUUUUUCCAUGCUGUAAUUGCUUCAAAUCAGGUGUUACUAAACAAAAAUAUGGGAUGCUGGAAUGUUCUUUAAAAAUAACACUAGUGAUAAUAGAUUGAAAUAUUUAUGUAUUAAAAUAUCUAUUCAAUGAAUGUACACUAUAUGCAAAUGAGAAACUGAUGUAUGUAGCAAUAAAACAUUCUUCAACCGGAUGAUGUUUGUGAUUUUU